AUUAAAUGGAGGAGAAAUUUAGCAAAAGCAAAAAGACAUCCUCAACACCUCUCAUAAAGUUGGAUUUUAACGGAAUGGCUCAGACCACCAUGACCGAGAAUGCUGGAAAUAUGAGGAGCUUUUCUGAAAACCAUAUUAAUGAUUUCCAUCGUACUCAGCCUUUCGAAGAAGCAAGCCGGAAUACUCUUUUGGAAGAACAAAAUAGACGGAAUAACAAAGUCUUUCAAGAUAUGAUGACCCAGCAUAAUAAGUUGUAUAAAGUCUGGAAAAGAUUCGACUUGAUGUGCGCAGUUUUCUCUGUUGUUGCAUUUUUGCUAGCAUUAGUUGAAUAUGAGUAUGGUUUUGAUGAUAACCCUUACGAAAGAGUUAAGCUUGACUAUAUUCACGAAUUGCUCCGGUUUACAAUAAUCGGUUUUUCAUUAAUAUCUUUCGCUCUUUUGCUUACGAGAUAUUAUUACAAAAGAAAAUGGCAAAACCUGCCAAUUCCCAAAGAAGUGCGAUAUCAAGUUUACAACAAUGACUAUACUAAUCUGAUGAGACAAAAUAAGAGGAGAAAUUUUAUGUCGUUAACCUUGGUAAUUGAUUCGAUAAUCUGCUUGAUAUCCCCAAUCCCCUUUGUAGAACACCUGAUUACAGUACACGAAAAUGUUCACAAGUUCGAUCGGCCUCUGCAAAUUAGGUACCUUUUGUCAGACUUCAUACUAAUGUUCAUGUUUACAAGGAUAUAUAUCCUCGUUCGGAAUAUUUUCAAUCACACAGAGUUCUCUGACCCUUAUGCAAAGCUUCAUUGUGAGCGAUAUGGAUUCACUGCCGGGACUAGGUUCUGAUUCAAGUGAUACUUAUCUAAAUAUCCUGGAAUGACUGUGUUGGGUACCUUGACUCUUUCAGUGUUGUUUCUGAGCUAUCUCAUGAGAAUCGCUGAAAGGCCAGCCUGGAUAAUAUAUAGAGAAUGGACCGAUGUCGGACCAAUUUACUGGAUAUAUUUAGUGAUCAUCACAAUGACAACUGUCGGUUUCGGUGACUUUGCUCCUCUGACAAAUAUUGGAAAAAUCAUUACAGUUCUGACUGCUUUGUGGGGUGGCUUCAUCAUCGGUCUGCUUAUUGUUUCGGUUACCGAAAUUUUCAGCUUGUCCUCCACUCAGAAGGUUGCAUUUGAUAAACUUGUAAAAGUGAAAAGAGCUGCCAAAUGAAUCAUCGCUGCGAUGAAAUAUCAGGUAGCUAAGAAUAAAAACUCCAGAAACAGACAAGAAGAGUCCUUGUCCAGUAGUGGAACCUCAGCUAGGCUCAACAAGAGUUCAAUAAAUUAUGAUCUGAGUGAAAAGAGAGCAAAGAAGUAUUUAAUGAGAAAAAUUCAAAGAUUCAAAGUCAUUAAUAAUAGAAAAACUUCUAGAAGAACUAAUACAAUUAAUGGAAAGAUUGAAAACAUUGAAAACAGAGUGGAAAAUCUUGAGGAGCUGAUGAAAAAGAGUUAUAGUCUUCUUCAUCGUAUAGCACGACAAAAUAACCUAAACAUAUCGAGAGGUGGGUAUACUCCCAGUAAUCGUGGAUAUAAUGAAGCAUCUCUCAGAGAAAAUGGCUCUUUUGACCAAAGAAAUCUAAUGAAUCCUCAACACUCAAUGUCUGGACACUUGGAUAUUGUCGAAGAAAUCUCAGAAAAUCCUAAUCAACAGAAUCAAGAAGAAACAAAAUGUCCAAAUAAUUAACAAAAGCAGGAUUAAUACAGAAGAAUGACGUAAGAAAUAUCAAUGAAUAUAACUAAAUUUAUCAUCCAAUCGUAAUA